UUGCAUAAUAACAAUCUCGUCGUCAUUGCGUAGUCUGAGGACAACCACGGUCCCCCCCGUUUGUAUAAAACGGGGGACGCCACUGAAACCUCCGUAUUUCCUCCGUGUCAGGAAAAGACAUCGGCGUGCUCCGAGCCAUCAGCCGCAUCAUGAAAGACGAGUUUAAGUAUCUCACGGGAUUCGGCUGCGAAUUCUCCAGCGAGGAUGAGCGCUGUCCAGGAGCACUACCCGUUAGGCAGAACAAUCCGCAGAAGUGUCCAUAUGGUCUUUACGCCGAGCAAUUGUCGGGAACGGCGUUCACCGCUCCACGUGCUGAAAACAAAAGAUCGUGGCUCUAUCGGAUGAGACCAUCCUGCGUUCACAAAAUGUUCAAACCUUUUACCAAAAUGCACGAUAUCGAAUCUUACUUAACCAACGAUUGGAACAGGAUUCAUCCAAAUCCUAAUCAGUUAAGAUGGAAAACAUUCGACGUUCCUACUCGACGAGAUCCCGAGGUCGACUUCGUCGAAGGUCUUCAUACCUUGUGCGGUGCUGGUGACCCCAGAACGCGCCAGGGUAUCGCGGUGCACGUGUACCUCUGCAACGCGUCGAUGAAGGAUAGGGCUUUCUACAACGCCGACGGCGAUUUCCUCAUCGUCCCGCAGUUGGGCGUUCUGCAGAUCACUACCGAGUUCGGCAAGAUUCGAUGCGAGCCGAACGAGAUUUGCGUGAUUCAGCAAGGCAUGCGAUUUUCCGUCACUGUCUUUGGACCAUCCAGGGGAUACAUCCUCGAGGUCUUUGACAAUCACUUCCGAUUACCGGAACUGGGACCAAUAGGUGCGAACGGCUUGGCGAACCCGAGAGACUUCCAAACGCCGGUCGCAUGGUACGAGGAUCGUGAGAUCGAUUAUGAGAUCGUAUGCAAAUAUCAGGGAAAGCUGUUCGUGGCCAGCCAAGGUUGCAGUCCCUUCAACGUGGUCGCGUGGCACGGCAAUUACGUACCUUACAAGUACAAUCUCGAUGCAUUCAUGGUCGUCAACUCUGUCUCCUUUGAUCACUGCGAUCCGUCCAUCUUCACUGUGCUGACGUGCCCCACUAACAAGCCUGGAACCGCCGCGGCCGACUUUGUGAUCUUUCCACCCCGUUGGUCCGUGCAAGAGCACACUUUCCGACCCCCUUACUAUCAUCGCAAUUGCAUGAGCGAGUUCAUGGGGCUGAUAAAGGGUCGUUACGAGGCGAAAGAGGAAGGCUUCCAAGCUGGCGGCGCGACUCUGCAUUCUAUGAUGACCCCGCACGGGCCCGACACACGCUGCUUCGAGGCCGCGUCCAAGGCCGAGCUGCUGCCGGAGAGAAUCGCCGAUGGCACGCAAGCCUUCAUGUUCGAGAGUUCGUACAGCUUGGCAGUGACGGAAUGGGCUGACAAGAUCUGCAACAAGCUGGACGACCAGUAUUACGAAUGCUGGCAGGACCUGCGGAAGCACUUCGACCCGACCGACAAGGCGGCCAAAGUUGCUCAGUAAGAAGGAUCGCCGCGGCGUGCAGCUUCUAUCUUCAUCUUAACGCACCCCGCGACCGGUCGUCGUUGACCUGGCUUGAGUCUUUGAUCUUUAUCCUUCUCUUCCACCCGAUGUGGAUGUUAACCCUUUCUACUCUCCUACUCUCCUGUGUCGAAUAGAUACCACGUUGCGUUCCAAUGGAUCUCAUGAGUCAAUUCUUAUACAUUACUAUUAUAUUCGAUAUAAAUAUAUUACUAAAUACGUUGCUGCAUUAGUUGGGUACCCAGACAUUGAAGUAGACGCGAAGAGCACAUGAUGUUGUCGCAUGAUGUUGAGCACAAAAUGAUUGAAUUUCUGUAGAUCUGGAGAGGAAUGUCGAGGAUAACACGGCCGGGAAGGGUUUAAGAUCAUUGCCUAGCGUGUAUUUUGGCGUGUAUCUUGACACGCACAUCGAGAAGCAGGAUCAAAAGAGCGAAACUGUUCUCGAGUCUCUAAUAUCUGCGGAUCGAGAGAGCAGCAUCGCGCUUCGCUUCGCGAAUUCUUCCUCCGGCCGGCCGCCGAGAAACGCUUUCGUAGCGUGUCGCGCGCACGUUCGCGAGAUAUCGUGCGAAGAAAUGGCGAAGUUAUCUGGUGCGUGCAGCUGGGACUGGUUAUGAAUUCGCCGCAUCGACAACAUCGUCCGCACGAAUCUUGCUGCACGCGCACGAGUGCAAGAAACUUUUAAUUACAUCCCACCUCUUGUCGAGAAAAUUGCGUCGGCUCUCGCGACCGAUGUCAUCGCGACUCGACGCGGGGACGUUAGAUAAGAGGACACGGUGCGCCACGCACCAUGUCGCGACACUGCUUCGCGGUAGCGAGUCGACAUUUGUGCCGGAGACGGCAAUGGAAACCUCAAAGCAUGAAAUCUCAGUCACGAUCGAGAUCGAUCGACAUCAAUUUCAAGCAACCGCCGGAGGGGAUAGUUCCGCAACAUCAUGUCCGAUAACGGCUUCUAAGGACGCGCUACGUGAAAAAUUGUAAGAUCGCAAUUGUGUGUUGCAACUGCGAGUAAUCAUAAGUGUUUGUAACCGCACUGUGUGUUUGCAACGAGAGAAUAAAUAUCGCCUUAUCUCAGAGGUAUGACGUUCAUGCGAAUGUUUAUGAAACCGUGCAGCCUUCUGUACGUAUUCGCGACGCAUGUAGCGCGAUUUUGUUAUUUAAAUAACCGGUACUGCUGCGUGUCACGUUCAUUAACGUGAUUGUGGUGUAUCUAAUUUUCCGCGAUCGAAUUAUCAAUCGAGUCAAAGGUAUGUUGCUGGUAUCUUGCAGUCGAUCGCCGCGAGUAACCUGCAAUUAUAUCGCUGUUAUUUUCACUCAACGCUUUCCUCUACGAUGUUAUUGAAAUUUCAUCAAAGCGAUGCGUAUCCUGCCAGCAGGAUAUUUUUUAUUUCAUUCCCGCGCAACGACCUUGCUUAAAUUAGUGUCAUUUUAAAAAAAUAUAUUUUUGUUUAUGAUGUCAUUUUAAAAUAUAUAUUUUUUUGUUAACGGCGUAGAAAUCUUCAUGGAUAUAUGUAUAUAUAUAUUUUUUUAAUAAUUUACAAUGCUCUGCGAAGUUUACAUUAAAAGAAAUACUGAUAAGCGCUUUGUGAAUAUAUUAUAUUAAAUAUGAUAUAUAUUAAACGACAUAUGUUCUAAAAUGA